AUGACUAAACAAACUGAGAGAAGAUUGAGGAUGAUUGAAAACAAAAUCCGGAGAAAAAAAUGCGGCUCAGUCUAUGAUGAAGUAAUAAAUAGUUGGAGAAGGUACAAGAAACUGUAUAGUGUGAUUAAUGUGGCACCGGUGAUCAGAUCUAUCAAAGGACGGAAAAUACAAUGGCUUGAACACAUUAGAGAAGAGAGGAAAGCGAUACAAUUAGAUUUAUACUAUAAUGGAAACCUCAGGAAAAGAGACCUGGAGGAAGACUUAGGAAGAGGUGAAUCGAUGUAG